AUGUCCAGUUUGAAGUGUUAUAUUCAAUAUCAAGGCAAGGAUUCUAAACGGUCAAUUACGAAUUCUGAAUCGGUUCUUCUUCCAAGAUCUUUCUCUUUUGAAGAAAGACGAGUAGGAAAGAUGAUCAAUCACUGUCGCGUUUUCUUAUUUGCAUAG